AUGGACCCAGAUCCUGCAGCCUUCCCGAAGCCACUGGAGGAGUUUGAUAAUUUGAUCAAGUUUUGUCCCUUCACACAUGUCCCCAAAGCGAUUCUGAAGCCAAUCAUGGAUGGACUGAAUCUCGAACAUGAGCGUCAAGGCGAGAUCUUGAAGGAGAAAGAAGAUAAGAUCUGGGCAUUGCAGAAUCAGCUGCAAGCUGAACGUACCGAGAAGGAUCAGCUGCAGCGAGUGAUCGAGAAUGUCAACGCGGAGAAAAAGGUUCUUCGGGAGAAAGUCGACAAGAUUGCAUGGAAUCAGCUGCAGGCUGAACGUACCGAGAAGGAUCAGCUGCAGCGAGAGAUCGAGAAUGGCAAGGCGGAGCAAGAGGUUCUUCGGGCAAAGGUCGACAGAAUGGUAUUGGAGAGUAACGACAACAAGCGCGACGUGGAGAUCCAGAAGAAACUACGCACUAGUUCGGAAACCAGGGUUAGCAUGCUGGAGAAGGAAAUCAAGGAGCUGAAGGAGAAGGGCAAGAGAGCGGCUUCUGCAAUGAUGUCUACAGCAAAGGAGCUGGAGGAGGAGGGGCCUCCGUCGAAGAAAAUUAAGACCUAG